UAAUAAGACCCCUAGUUUUAUUAUAUCCACAUAAAACUUUCCCUCUAUGCACUAAAAUCUCACAUGGCUAUUCCUCUCAAGAAUACCAAUAGACUUUCUGCUGCAAUGGAAAGAACUGGCCAAUGGGUAUUUUCACAAGAAAUUCCAACUGAUGUUAUUGUUGAAGUAGGUGAAGCAAACUUUAAUCUUCACAAGUUCAUGCUAGUAGCAAAGAGCAAUUACAUAAGGAAACUUAUACUUGAUACUAAAGAAAGUGAUGUAAGUCGUAUAAACUUAUCGGAUAUUCCUGGAGGGCCAGAGAUGUUUGAGAAGGCAGCUAAGUUCUGCUACGGAGUUAACUUUGAAAUCACAGUACAUAACGUUGCUGCUCUUCGUUGUGCUGCUGAAUAUCUUCAAAUGACUGAUAAAUACUGUGACAACAAUCUCGCAAGCCGAACAGAGGAUUUUCUAGCUCAAGUUGCCUUGACUAGCCUUUCUGGUGCACUUGUCGUGUUAAAGUCAUGUGAAAAUCUUCUUCCUCUUGCACAUGAUCUCAAUAUCAUUCAAAGAUGUGUUGACAUCGCCGGUGCUAAGGCGUGUGUGGAAGCGAAUUUUCCUAGCAGAUCACCACCAAAUUGGUGGACGGAAGAGUUAACUAUCUUAGAUGUAGCUUUUUUCGAGAGAAUUAUUGUUGCAAUGAAAGCUCGUGGGGCAAAAGCGUUAACAAUAGCAAGUGCUAUAAUCACAUAUACAGAGAGAUCUCUUCGUGAUCUUGUACGUGACCACUCAGGAAACAACACGAGAUUAAUGGAACCAGAGGAUUCAGAUAUGAGAAUGCAUCAACGGGAACUUCUGGAGUCGAUUGUGACUCUGUUGCCUGCGGAGAAAGCAGCUUUUCCAAUCAAUUUCUUGUGUUGUCUCCUGCGUACAGCUAUUUUCUUAAGAGCAACCAGUAGCUGCAAGAAUGAAUUAGAGAAAAGGAUAUCAGCAAUACUAGAACAUGUGACAGUCGACGAUCUGUUAGUGUUGUCUUUUACUUAUGAUGGAGAAAGACUAUUCGAUCUUGAGAGCGUUAGGAGAAUCAUUUCUGGAUUUAUGGAGAAAGAGAAGAGUGUAGCAGUGUUUAAAGGUGGUGAUUUUGGAGAUGUUUGUACCACGGCAAUGCAGAGAGUUGCAAAGACUGUCGAUGCAUAUCUUGGUGAAAUCGCUACUUUUGGAGAUCUCAGUAUAUCAAAAUUCAAUGGAAUUGCUAUUUUGGUUCCUAAGGGCGCGAGAAAGGCCGAUGAUGAUCUUUAUAGAGCUGUUGAUAUCUACUUGAAGGCACAUCCACAUUUGGAUGAAAUUGAAAGAGAAAAAGUGUGCAGUGUGAUGGAUCCUCUGAAACUAUCACAUGAAGCAAGAGUCCAUGCUUCUCAAAACAAACGUUUGCCGGUGCAAAUAGUACUUCAUGCUCUCUAUUUCGAUCAACUCAAGAUAAGGAGCGGGGCAGCAGAUGAUACUAAUAACAACAUGCCUGAAGCCAUGGCAACAAGGAACCAAUUACAAGCCGAUGUUUCCCUCGUAAAGGAAAAUGAAGUUUUAAGAACAGAGUUGUUAAAGAUGAAGAUGUAUAUAGCAGAUAUACAGAAAACAACAACUUCUACUCAAGGAACAUCAGCUAGUCAUAAAGGGAGUUUGAAGAAAACAACCUUCUUUUCUUCUGUCUCCAAAACAUUAGGCAAAUUCAAUCCCUUUAAACAUGGAUCAAAGGACACUUCGAAUAUUGUUGAUGAUGCUGCUCUAGAUCUUACUAAGCCUAGGAGGAGAAGAUUUUCCAUAUCUUAAUUAAGUUAUUCACAUGAUUUCGUUUAAUUUUAGUUUAUGUUGUGUGAGAAAACUAUGAUUUAUUUUGUACUGUAAAUGAUUGAUUGAUUGAUUCUGUUGUUUGAUUAUAUUGUUAUUAUGUUAAUAUGUUCAUGUAUCACACUUGAU